AAAAUGAAAAAUGGGAAAGAGCACACAGACCGUUUGCACGGUUUUCCUACACUUUUAACAAUCCAGUGGAGCUUCCUCAGUGUACGAUUUUGAUGCAAAACCUUGCCGUAAUGGUUCUCUCAACACUUUGAUUUUGCCAACUGCCGAGAGAAUAACAUCUCCAAUCAUUGCUCAGUACGAGCAACGUCGGAGCUCUGCGGCUGAGGGACGAGAUUCAGGCGGAGCAAAUUGUUGAUUGUUAAAUUAUCUUAAUCACUAUUGAAGAGUGAAUAUGGCUGCCGCCACCGGGACAGCGGGUCCGGGAAAGCCCAGCCUCCCCAAAUCUGGUGCGAUCUCCAAAGGCUACAACUUCGCUUCCACCUGGGAACAGAAUGCUCCAUUGACAGAGCAACAGCAGGCGGCAAUUGUAGCUCUUUCCCAUGCUGUUGCUGAAAGACCUUUUCCUCCAAAUUUAGCACAAGAAAAAGUAGCUGGACUGGAAAAUGGCAUGUCUAUUUCUACCAAGCACAGCAGUACUGAGGAUUCAGGGGCUAUUGAUGCAGUUCUGGUCAAUACAAACCAGUUCUACAAAUGGUUUACUGAUCUUGAAGCAGCCAUGAAAUCAGAGACUGAAGAGAAAUAUCAGCAUUACGUGAGGACAUUAACAGAGCGAAUACAAACAUGUGACACUAUACUCCAUCGGGUGGACGAAACCCUUGAAUUAUUUAAUGAACUACAACUGCAGCAUCAGGCUGUUGCGACGAAGACAAAAACUCUGCAUGAUGCAUGCGAUCGACUGCUAAUAGAGAAGCAAAAGCUAAUUGAAUUUGCCGAAUCACUUCGUGCUAAGCUCAACUACUUCGAUGAACUGGAGAAUGUUGCUGCCAGUUUUUAUUCUCCAAGCAUGAAUGUAGCACAUGAGAAUUUCCUCCCUUUGCUUAAAAGAGUUGAUGACUGCAUCUCGUAUGUUGAGAGUAACCCACAGUAUGCUGAGUGCAAUGUUUACUUGGUCAAGUUCCGACAACUUCAGUCUCGAGCUUUAGGAAUGAUCCGCACUCAUGUACUUUCUGUUUUGAAGAACACUUCCUCUCAGGUCCAGGCAGCAAUAAGAAGCAGUGCCGGAAACAAAGCGUCGGUCUCUGAGGGUGUGGAGGCAUCUGUAAUAUAUGUCCGGUUCAAGGCAGCAGCAAAUGAGCUUAAGCCGGUAUUGGAGGAAAUUGAAAGUAGAAAACCAAGAAAGGAAUAUGUCCAGUUACUCACGGAAUGCCACAAACUUUACUGUGAACAGAGGCUUUCAUUGGUGAGGGGCAUAGCACAUCAACGGAUCUCUGAAUUUUCCAAGAAAGAAGCCUUGCCGUCAUUGACUAGAUCUGGUUGUGCAUAUUUGAUGCAGGUGUGUCAGCUUGAGCAUCAACUCUUUGAUCAUUUCUUCCCUUCAUCUUCAGAGGAUGUUUCGAGUUUGGCUCCUCUAAUAGAUCCACUGUGUACUUACUUGUAUGAUACAUUACGUCCAAAACUUAUUCAUGAAGCAAACCUUGAUAUUCUUUGCGAACUUGUUGAUAUCCUUAAAGUUGAAGUCCUAGCAGAACAAGUAAGUAGACGGGGCGAGUCGCUAGCGGGAUUACGCCCAACAUUGGAAAGGAUCUUGGCAGAUGUUCAUGAGCGUUUAACUUUUCGUGCUAGAACCCACAUUCGCGAUGAGAUUGCAAAUUUUCUUCCUUUGGAUGAAGAUCUAGACUAUCCUGCUAAGCUGGAGCAAUCAGCCGAGACAAAGUUGGAGACAUCAUCUAGUGCUCAGAGCCCAGAUAUUUCCAGGACUUGGUACCCUCCACUUGAGAAAACUAUAUCCUGUUUGUCCAAACUAUAUCGUUGCCUAGAACCAGCAGUUUUUACUGGUUUGGCUCAGGAAGCAGUUGAAGUUUGCUCGUUAUCCAUUCAGAAAGCUAGCAAACUAAUCGCAAAAAGAUCAAGCGCAAUGGAUGGGCAGCUAUUCCUCAUAAAGUUUCUUCUUAUCCUUAGGGAGCAGAUUGCGCCGUUUGAUAUCGAAUUCUCAGUUACACACAAAGAGCUUGACUUCUCUCAUCUGCUGGAGCAUUUGCGACGGAUUCUUAGAGGGCAGGCCUCCCUAUUUGAUUGGUCAAGGUCCAGUUCCUUGGCUAGAACUCUCUCUCCACGAGUGUUGGAAAGUCAAAUAGAUGCCAAGAAGGAGUUAGAGAAAAGCCUGAAAGCGACUUGCGAGGAGUUUAUUAUGUCAGUGACUAAACUGGUUGUGGACCCUAUGUUGUCUUUCGUCACCAAGGUCACUGCAGUCAAAGUUGCCUUAUCCGCCGGCAGUCAAAAUCAGAAGGAGUCUGCCCUUACUAAGCCUCUCAAAGAUCAGGCUUUUGCUACUCCCGAAAAGGUUGCCGAACUUGUCCAGAAGGUUGCUUCAGCUAUUCAACAAGAGCUGCCAAAAGUAAUGGGUAAAAUGAAGCUUUAUCUUCAGAACCCUGCAACGCGAGCUAUACUUUUCAAACCAAUUAAGACCAACAUUGUCGAAGCUCAUUCUCAAGUGCAUUCUCUGUUGAAAUCAGAGUAUUCUCCUGAAGACAUACACAAUGUUGUUAAUAUGAUUUCAAUACAAGAUUUGCAAGCUCAACUAGACAACCUCAUGUAACACAGGUCCUAGGGGUUGCUUUCCGAUAUUGUUGUUUCUUUGGUCAGUUUAGAGAAAGAGAGAGGGAGAGAGUGCCAAUGUACCUAUAAUUUUUGUAUAUUAGGAUUUCCCAACAUUCUUUCUGUAAACUUAAGAUGGUAACCUGGUAAGCGGUAAUGAGGCGAUCAUGAAAUUGUAGUUGCUCGUUCCAGCGGAUGCACAGUGACCCACACCUGAGGAGAUGUUUUCUCAUUUCCAGCUUUCAUAUAGAAAAAUUUAUAGGAAAAAUAUACAUGUUCACAUUUGUAGCAACUCUUUGAGUUAAUCUUUUGCUCGGGACCUGGAAGAAAAUUCAAGAAUAACAGAUUGAUCUUCAGUUCUUUGAUA